ACAAUUCUACUCCUUAUGUUCAUAAAAAGAAGCAGCAAAACUUGUGAAAGCGAAGUUAACAAAUGGCUAAGGAAUCAUUUUCAUACACUAAACUUAAAUGGGUUUAAAAAUCUAAAUAGAGGAAAGUCUGAAGUGCUUGCUCUGCAGGGAAGGCCACUUCUAACUUUCUGAUGUUCUUAGCCAUGACAAAAUGGAAAUCAGUAUAGUGUUGGGUGCAUAGAAAUGAAUUAAUGGGUUUGAUAUCAUGUUUGAGGACGAACACGAUUGUGGCGUUUGGUUAUCACUGUACUGGAAGUAGAAUCAGAUUGAGUAGCAAUCAUACAGUGCCAUUACACAGAGUGCCUACUAAACAAAAACCUCUCACAUACCCUUGUAACUAUUUUCGACUAUUGUACACCUGCAUUGACAAGAAUUUUCUGUCACAGCGUACGCAAAUUCACUUUCUCAUCGCUCACAGGGGGUUUGCAUCUGCUACACUGACAUAUUUACAGAAUGAGCUUAUCAAUGUGUAUGUCAAGUGCGGUAGUUUCGUUGACGCUCGUAAAGUGUUUGACAAAAUGACAAAACGAGACGGCUGCUCAUGGAAUGCCAUGAUUGCAGCUUACCGAAAAUACGGGUAUUCUCAUGAGGCAUUGACAUUGUUUCACCUUAUGAAACGAACAGGUGUCAAUCCAGAUGAGUUCACCUUUGCCAGUAUUCUCCCAGCCUGCGCCAAAAUGGGAGCUUUGGAACAGGGUAUGGAGAUUCAUAGAGGUAUAAUUAAAAACGGGUUUUCCUUGGAUGUUGUAGUUGAGAGUGCCCUGGUUGACAUGUAUGCGAAAUGUGGAAGCAUACAGAAGGCACGUGAACUGUUUGACAAAAUGUCUCAACGAGAUGCGGUCUCGUGGAAUGCAAUGAUUGCAGGAUACGCAAAAAAUGGCGUUCUUGAUGAGGCUUUAAGGAUUUUUGACGAAAUGCCUCGACGAGAUGUGGUUUCAUGGACUGCCAUGAUUGUAGGAUAUGCAGAAAAUGGUGUCCUUGACGAGGCUUUAAAGUUUUUUAAGGAAAUGCCUCGAAGAAAUGUUGUAACAUGGACUGCAAUGAUUUCAGGCUAUGCACAUAAUGGGUUUGUUGAGAAAGCCAUGGAGUUGUUCAAACAAAUGCAACUGGAUGGUGUCCAACCGGAUCAAUUCACCUUUGCCAGCAUUCUCCCAGCCUGUGCCAAAAUAGGAGCUUUGCAGCAGGGUAUGCAUAUCCAUCAAAGCAUAAUUGAAAGCGGAUUUUUGCCAAAUGUUGUAGUUACAAGUGCCCUGGUUGACAUGUAUGCAAAAUGUGGAAACAUACAUAAGGCUCGUAAACUAUUUGAUAAAAUGUCUAAACGAGAUGUGGUCUCAUGGAAUGCGAUGAUUGCAGGAUAUGCAAUGCAUGGCUUUAGCAAAGAUGCUAUCGAACUCUUUGAACUAAUGAAGCAGUGUGGAACACACCCUAACCACUUAAGCUUCGUUUGUGUGUUAUAUGCAUGCAGUCAUGCAGGUUCAGUGGCGGAGGGCUGUAAAUACUUAAAUGACAUGGAUGGCUUUCAUUGUAUUACACCUGCAACGGGGCAUUAUGUAUGCAUGGUUGACCUUCUUGGCCGUGCUGGCUUUCUUGGGGAAGCUCUAAGAUUUAUCAUCAAAAUGCCAAUCAAGAUUGUGGUGGUUGUGUGGAUGUGUUUGCUUAGUGCUUGUAAAUCACACAAGAAUAUAGGCCUUGGAGUAUUUACAGCAACUCUCCUUACUGAGCUGAACCCUAAAACUGCUGCACCGUAUGUUCUUCUGUCAAACAUCUACGCAGAACUGGGCAGAUGGGGUGAUGUCCAAAGAUUAAGGAGAUUGAUUGCAGAUAGAGGAAUAAAAAAGUUACCUGGAUGUAGUUGGAUUGAAGUCCAUAAAAUUGUACAUGUUUUUUGUGCAGGAGGCAGAUCACACCCACAAACACAGGAGAUCCAUGCAAAGUUGGAGGAAUUGUCUUGGAAGAUGAAGGAGGCAGGGUAUUUUCUAGAUUCCAGAAAUGUACUGAAUGAUGUGGUGGAGGAAGAAAAAGAAUUGUUCCUUCGCCACCAUAGUGAGAAGUUGGCAAUUGCAUUUGGAUUGUUAAACAUGUCUGUUGAAACAACCAUCAGAGUUGUCAAAAACCUUAGAGUAUGUGUUGACUGCCACACUGAAAUCAAGUUUAUCUCCAGGCUAGUUGCAAGAGAAAUAGUGGUGAGAGAUGCAAACCGGUUCCAUCAUUUCAAGCAAGGACAAUGUUCUUGUGGAGAUUAUUGGGCGCACAGGUGGUAUCUUCAUGACUUACGGUUGGUUGGAUAUGGUAUCUUUCCUUAUGCAUUGAUGGAUUAUUUUCUGUUGGAUACUCUGUCUGCUGCUUUGCAUGUUUUUGCGGGGAUGCACCGUUGGAAAGUUGUUUGUUGCCCCUCUGGUAGAAUUAGAAUGAAUACCAAAAUAAACUUCAACUAUAAUCAUACAAUGCCAUCCACUACCCCUCUCAAUUUCAGUCUGAGGGCACUGUGUAGAGAGGGUUGUUUGCAGGAAGCGCUGCAGAUUGUUGUUACAAUACACUGUCACCCUGUAGGCUUUUCUACACACCUUCAAUUGUUGCACACCUGCAUUGACAAGAAUACUCCUUUAGAGGGUAAGCAAAUCCACGCUCUUAUCACUCCCAGGGAACUUGCAUUUCAUGCACGCACAAUUGUUCAAAAUAAGCUUAUCAACAUGUAUGCCAAAUGCGGCAGUUUGGUUGAUGCCCGUAAAGUGUUUGACGAAAUGACAGAGCGAGAUGGCUGCUCAUGGAACGUGAUGAUUGCAGCUUACCGAAAACUUGGAUGCCCUCGCGAGGCAUUGGCACUGUUUUACCAAAUGCAACGAACAGGUGUGCGACCGGAUACGUUCACCUUUUCCAGUGUCCUCCCAGCUUGCGCCAAAAUAGGAGCUUUGGAACAGGGUAUGGACAUCCAUCGAGACAUAAUCGAAAGCGGCUUUGUUUCAGAUGUUGCAGUCGCCAGUGCCCUGAUAGACAUGUAUGCAAAAUGUGGAAGCAUUCACAAGGCACGCGAAGUGUUUGACAAUUUACCUCAAAGAAAUGUGGUAUCAUGGAAUGCAAUGAUUGCAGGAUAUGCACAAAAUGGUCAUCUCGAUGAGGGGUUAAGGAUUUUCAACGAAAUGCCUGAACGAGAUGUGGUCUCAUGGAAUGCAAUGAUUGCAGGGUAUGCACAAAAUGGCGUUCUUGACGCGGCUGUAAGACUAUUCAAAGCAAUGCCUCAACGAGAUGUGAUCUCCUGGAAUACAAUGAUUGCAGCAUAUGCACAAAACGGGUUUCUCGAUGAGGCUGUAGGGAUUUUCAAAGAGAUGCCACAAAAGAAUGUGGUCUCAUGGAAUACAAUGAUUGCAGGAUAUGUACAAAAUGGUGUUCUUGAUCGGGCUUUGAGGCUUUUUAAAGAGAUGCCCCGGCGAGAUGCGGUCUCAUGGAAUACGAUGAUUGCAGCAUACAUGCAAGCUGGUGUUCUUGAUGAGGCUCUGAGACUUUUCAAGAAAAUGCCUCGACGAGAUGUGAUCUCAUGGAAUGUCAUGAUUGCAGGUUAUGGACAAAACGGUUUUCUUGAUAAAGCUUUAGGUUUUUUUAAAGAAAUGCCUCAAAGGAAUGUGGUCUCUUGGAAUGCGAUGAUUGCAGGAUACGCACAAAAUGGCUUUGUUGACAAGGCUUUGGAAACUUUUAAGCAAAUGGAAUUGGAAGGUGUAAAGCCAAAUCCCACAACCUUUAUCAGCAUCCUCCCAGCCUGUGCUGAAAUGGGAGCUUUGCAACACGGUAUGGACAUCCAUCAAAGCAUAGUCAAUAGUGGGUUUUUGUCAAAUGCUUUAGUUGGGAGUGCACUAGUAGACAUGUAUGCAAAAUGUGGAAGCAUACAGAAGGCACAUAAAGUGUUUGAAAAAAUGUCUCCACGAGAUGUGGUCUCAUGGAAUGCUAUGAUUGCGGGAUACGCGAUGCAUGGGUUGUGCAAAGAUGCUCUCGAGCUUUUUGAACUGAUGAAGCACUCUGAAACAAACCCUGACCAUGUUAGCUUUGGUUGUGUUUUAUUUGCAUGCAACCAUGCAGGUUUAGUGGGUGAGGGAUGUAAAUACUUUAAUUUCAUGAAUGACUCUUAUUGCAUUAUGCCUACAAUAGAUCAUUAUGUAUGCAUGGUUGAUCUCCUUGGCCGUGCAGGUUAUCUUGACGAAGCUCUAAAGUUUAUCAUCAAAAUGCCAAUUAAACCUGUUGUUGUUGUGUGGACGAGUCUGCUUGGUGCUUGUAAGUCACAUAAAAAUAUAGGGAUUGGAAUAUUUAUGGCAACUCUUCUUUUUAAAUUGGAUCCUGAAAAUGCUACAGCUUAUGUUCUCCUGUCAAACAUUUACGCGGAGAUCGGAUGGUGGGGUGACAUUCAAAAGCUACGGAGAUCGAUGAAAGAUCAAGGAAUUGAAAAGAUACCUGGAUAUAGUUGGAUUGAAGUCCAUAAAGUGGUGUAUUCUUUUUCUGUGGAAGACAGAUCACACCCACAAACAUAGAAGAUCUAUGCGAAGUUACUGAAAUUCUCUUCAGAUAUUAAGAAGAUGGGGUAUUUUCUAGAAGUUGUGGAUGAGGAAAACAGUUUUUUCUCUGUCAUGAGAGUGAGAGGUUUGCAAUUGCAUUUGGCUUGUUAAACACGCCCCCUUGAACAACUUCCAGAGUCACCGAGAAGCUUCAAGGAGGUUUUGUGUCCAAAACUGCAUUUAAUUUAGCCUCAAAAUUGUUUCAAGAUACUUUGAUGUGAGAUACAAAUCGAUUCUAUCAGUUCAAACGAGGACUAUGUUCUUGUGGAGAUUAUUGGUGAAGCUAAGUGAAGCAUUCUGUAAACCCAGAGUCACACCUUGACAAAGUCCAUAGUGACAGAUUUGCAGUGAUAAGAAGGGAUCAGGUUCUAUUUUCAGGUUUGCUAAGCUACACGAUGUUGUCGACUUAAUAAUAUCAGAUAUAUAGCAGGCCUUACUGCCUAUAAAUACUGAUGGGGUAUUUGUUAAAGCCCUGUUUAAUAAUACUGUGGAGAGGUAAUGCCAUUUAACUGUUUUUUCAGGAAGCCUGCGUCUGCGAAAUGAACAAACCGGAGGAGGCAGGGGAAAAAAGUAAAGAAAAAGGAGAGCAAGGAUUAAAAUAAUGGAAAGAUGCUUUGCCAGCAGGAAAUCUGACAUAAAGGCUUCAAAUAAAUCCAAUACCUGGAGGUUAUAGAGACAUCAUUCCUUCUUAAUUUUUUCUAAUCUUUUUGUUGAUGAGUACUGUUUACAUUAGUAUUUAUUAGCCAAUAGGCUAUUUUAAGUGGGAAAACCUCUCACCGGAAACAUGUCACACGCCGGAAGUUUUAUCCGUUGGUUUUAUGCUGUAAAAUUGGUUGCCGGAAGAGUCUCAUACUGGAAAUGACUGAUAGAUGAGAUGCUGUCUGAAAUGCUCGUAAAAUUUUAUCCUUUUUCAUCAAAGCGACGGCAGAAAACCUAACUAUCACGGAUCUUACCGCCUUCAACAAGUCCGUCAAUUUUGUACAAUAUUUCUAUGCAGCAAAGACCAUCACCUUCCGUUGCUUGUAGUCCAGGUAAACAAUGAAUGAAUAUUUUCUGGUUUGGAAUGGCAAGGUUUUACUGCGAAUUAGGGCUAUUACGGGAAAUAGUUGGAGAUUUUUAAUUUGAAGUUGAAGUUUUUGGUACAAGGGUUUUUACUUUUUAGGGAUUCAGUAAGCAAUGAAUGUAUAUUUUCUGGUUAGGAAUGAUAGGGGCACAGGUCUAACUGGCAUUUUAAGAGUAAUGUUUAAGGUGUCUUCAAGAUAGCCAGCACGGGCAUGAAGCUCAAUUAUGGACACCUAUUGAUCAAAUAUAUAUGCAAUGUAAUAAGAUUGGUUCAUUAAUUCAAAGAUUUUGAGAGCUUCCUACAAAAUCCAUUUUGUGCACAUUCUGCAAUCAUUUCAUCUCAUUUCCUGACAUGACCUCUCUAAGGCAUUCUGUCAACAAUUCAGGUGCGUUGUCUAUGAUUCCACAUUUGCAUGAAUGUCUACCAGAGAAUUUCCAAUUAUAAUAUGUGAUAAAAAUCUCCCUACCAUAAUGCUUUGGCGUAUGUCCAUACCCCA